AUGGCUUCGGAAUUUAAAGCCAGAGAGAUUUUUAACCAGUUUGCCACCGAGAACCCAACAUUGUUGGAGGGUGAGAAAACCCUUUCUUUCCCGCAAUUUGUCACCAUAUUGGCACCUUUCGAAUCUGAUCUUCCCAAGGCAUCUUAUUCACUCUUGUAUCUUGCUUGUGACAAGGCCAACAAGGGUUAUGUGACAGAAAGCGAUUUUGUUCGGUUCAUAGACGUGUUAACCUCCUACGAUGGAGAGUUCAAACUUGUGUACUCGAUGUUUAGCUCGAAAUCGAAGGACCGCACCAAGAUAACCUAUGAGGAAUGUAUCGAUAAACUCAAUGGUUUGAACAAGGCAAUAGAUCCUAGCUACCAACAAAAGAAAGUGAAGCUCAAUUGGGCUUAUCUUGCGCGAUUCUUCGCUCCUCUUGGUUCAAUUGAUUUUGUUGAUUUUGUGUCAGUGAUAAAUUACCUUCCAGUUACAAAACUCAUCGGUAAUUUUGAACUCGUGGCAGGCCGUUCGGGAGUUCUUAAUGAGCAAGAGUUCUAUGAAUUACUCACGAAAAACUUGAGUCACAAACUUUCAUCCAAAUUGAAAAAGAAUUUGCACACUUUACCUGAAUAUUUCAAGAAAAGUGAAUUUUCUCUUUCAAACGUUUUGUUCGUCUAUAAUACCCUCAAUCGUAUCGAUUUGGUCAACGAGGUCAUUGCAAAUACCCCUCCAACAACUAAGGAUAAGGAUGAUAUUCUCAUUAACAAGCGGGAUUUGUACGCUCAUUUGAAUGAUCACCUUCUCAAAUCCUCCAACUUUAAGCCAGUAUCCACCACCGAGCUUGAUUUGUUGUUCUUUUUGAUCAACAAAACCGAAGAAACCAUUCCUAGAAAAGAACUCAUUUCUGUUUUGAACCCUAAUUUUGAUAACAACUACAAGACUCUCUAUUCGAUCUUUGAUCAUCCAGCUGCUCAACCAGUCCAGGCUGAUAAUUUUUCACUUUGGCCCAUUUUCGAUUCGUUGUACUCCUUCUUCUUGGGUUCCAUCGCAGGAUGUAUCGGUGCUACCGUUGUAUAUCCUAUCGAUUUGGUGAAGACAAGAAUGCAAGCACAAAAGCACAAGUCUAUGUAUGAUAACUCUUUUGAUUGUUUCAAAAAGAUUAUCAAAAAUGAAGGAUUCAAGGGUCUUUACUCCGGUUUGGCAGCUCAAUUAGUUGGUGUGGCUCCAGAAAAGGCUAUCAAAUUAACCGUGAACGAUUUGGUGAGAAAAAUUGGUACUGACGAUUUUGGAAAGAUUACCAUGGGUUGGGAAAUUGGUGCUGGAAUGUCCGCUGGUGCCUGUCAAGUCAUCUUUACCAAUCCAUUGGAAAUUGUCAAAAUCAGAUUGCAAAUGCAAGGUGGACGUAGUACCAAGAUCUUGGGUCCCGGUGAAAUUCCUCAUAAAAAAUUAAGUGCCGGUCAAAUUGUUAAGCAGCUUGGUGCCAAAGGUUUGUAUAAAGGUGCAACUGCUUGUUUGUUGAGAGAUGUGCCGUUUUCGGCUAUCUAUUUCCCAACUUAUGCUAAUUUGAAGAAGUUUUUGUUUGGUUUCGAUCCUAAUGAUCCUAAUAAGGUUCACAAGUUGGAUUCAUGGCAGUUGUUAUUGGCUGGUGCGUUGGCUGGUGCUCCAGCUGCGUUCUUUACCACACCAGCAGAUGUCAUUAAGACCAGACUUCAAGUGGAGAGCAAAUCCCACGAUAUCAAAUACAGAGGCAUCACCCAUGCAUUCUCGGUGAUCUUGAAAGAAGAGGGAGUUGGAGCUUUUUUCAAGGGUUCUAUUGCUCGUGUUUUCAGAUCUUCACCCCAAUUCGGAUUCACCUUAGCAUCGUAUGAGGUGUUGCAAAACUUGUUUCCUCUUCAUCCUCCUAACACUAGGGAGUCUAACUUCAAGUCCACGAGUGGAUAUCCUGGUGUGUACAACUUAACCAACGACCAGGUAUACAAUACUCAAGGAAACCGUAUCAUGUAUUUGAAUCAGGACAAAUUGUUUGCCGAGAAUGGUUUACGUUCGAAUAACGACAUAUCCAAUGCGUUGGUUAAAUUACCUGCUGAAUAUGUGUACAAGUCUCAGGAUGCUAUAAAGCUUUUGUUAGACAUUGACUACAAGUUUGGUAACUUUACUUAUCAAAGUUACUUGAACUAUAUAAAGAAAAACUAA